AUGCUCAACGGGAAAACAUCCACAAGUAUGCAAGCUCAACCACCACCUGGACAACAACAACAACAAUCCACCAAGCGGCGCCGUUAUCGAAUACCCAGAUCUUGCGAUCGAUGCCGAACCAGUAAAAUCAAAUGUGUCUUCGAAGACGGCCGAUGUACUGCCUGCGUCAACCUUGGAGUACCUUGCACCUUUGAAAACCCCGGUAGCCUGAGGGAGAGGCCACCGACCAGAAAGGAUGUCGAACAUCUUCAGGCCAGGAUUCGAUCACUCGAAAGACUCAUUCAUGCCAUCGAUCCGUCCUGUGAUCUCUCAAACUUACCAGACCCACCUCAGUCUUAUCCUUCAAACUUGAGACUUGGCCGACAGAGACCAUCACCUUCCUCAGUGAACCUACCCGGGGACAUCCAUCCGUCGCCCAACUCCACCCAUCUCAACCCAUCCGCCCCGACAAUACCAGCGCAAGUAACUCCAUCGGUUAGCACACUCGAUUCGCUCUUCAACCCGACCCGGCUCCAGAACCACAACCCGACGAAAAACCUACUGCCAUCACAGUCAAAGCUCGAAGACCUCUCGCCCGUCGACAAGAUCAUCCGUCAUGAGCAACAAAAACUGUCCUACAGUAGUCCAGACUUCUACCCGCCCCCGGACCUCCAACAGAGCUUGCUAGAAAUCUACUUCCAACAGGUCCAUCCGCUCAUGCGUGCCGUCCAUCCUGCCUCAUUUAUCAAAGACUUCAAGGCCGGCCGGGUCGAGGCUGACGAUGGCUUCAAGGCACUCUGUCUAAUCAUCUUCGGCCUUGCCAGUCGGUUCUCCAAAGACCCCAGGGUCUACCUCAAUAUCGAAGGAAACCCCAACGCUUAUCUACAAACUGCUGGACUGCACUAUUGCUUGUCCGCCUCUUUCUACCUUUUCCGACCUAUACCCUCCCCCGCUACCCUGAACGAACUUCAGGCUUUGCCUCUCACAAUCAUGUACGCUCUCGGUGCUGUCAAUGCGCAUCUCGUCUGGUGUUUACUUGGCGCUGCUCUACAACGGGCUCAGGACAACUAUCGCCGCAAGAUCUUCUUUGUCUUGUAUGAGCUUGACUCGGUAGUUAGCGGCACAUUGGGUAAACCAGCCUAUAUGCAAGAGAGUGAUUUUGAUGUUCUUCCUGGUGAUCCAGACUUCGAUCGCGAGCUCGAAGUGUGUGUGAACCCAUUCUUGAACCCAAGUUGCACUGAAGAUCCAUCAGAUCACAUCGUGGAUGAAAUCUUUCGAGCAUACAAUGUGAUGCAAAGCUCACUCGGAGGAUUGAAAAACUUCCUCCCAGUAAUCAACUUGAUCAACGCACAAAGAGACAUGCAACCGGGCGUUAAAUUCUUGAGUUGCGUUAAAGCGUUAAUCAAACAGCUCGACAAUAGUAUGAACACUUGCUUCCAAAAGGUUACCCUCAAGAUCAAUGCUCGUCACCCGAAUUCAAACCUGAUUAGCGAUUCCGCACUGCUAUCUUCGGUCGUCGUAACCUCGUGGUACCAUGAAUUCAGAUUAUUGCUCCACCAAGUCUUAGUCAACUCGAGAGAAAAGAGCCAAAGAGCCGAGCCGAACAAGCCAGAAGAAAAGCAGCAAGCAGGAAUCCCAGAACCGUCAACAACGACCAAGAAGUCGAGCCACCCUUACCUAGAUAUUUGUGUUGAAUCAGCCCGGGCUAUUAUCAGCUUACUUAACCAAUUACACCAACGUAACUUGCUAGCACUCGGCUUUUUCUGGAUCCCCCUUCGACUGAAAAACGCACUCCUCAUCCUGGUCUGUUCGCUCGUCAAACAACGCAGAUCUUUGUCCGAAGAAGAGCGUCGUGCCAGGUGCUUAGAAAUUUCUCUGGGCAUUCAAACCUUGAACACGCUGGCGCCUAGCACGUAUCUUGCGGCAAAAGUUUCAAAUACGGUGAUCAACUUGUACAAGAGUGCCAUCCAACACAACCAACAACAUGCCGUCAAGGCCGACUCAACAUCCACCUUAUCAGCGAGCCCAUCCUCAUCAACGCCACCUGCGCCCUCGGGGCCCGAUUCGAAUAGCCACUCAUUUUUGGGACCGUCUGCGGAGACCGCUUCGGCCAACAAAAAUCAGCCCGGGGAAUCUUCGAUGUUUGCUUCCUCGCCACCCACAGUAACAAGUACUUCUACUGCUUUCUCCUUCACUGAUCAGCCGACUCCGGACCUUGAUCCCGAGUCAACAUGGUGGGCUGAUCAGGCCCUUUUUAACCCGAAUGGCCCCUUCCCAAACCUUGUCCCCGAUCAAGUCCCGUCUGCUUCUUGUUGUGACGCGAAUGACCCUAAUUUCAGCCAUUUCAACUUUUGGCCCUCCUCUUCCGUUCCUGAUCUUCCGCCCCAUUCUUCUGCUUGA